CUGUGGGCCCAAUCCACUAGCACAUACUGUCAACCCCUUAUCCAUGUGUUCGUUUUGAUAACACACCGCACUGUCAACACAAUGACCACCUUCAACUAGAUUUAAGUAUCGAGUGAGAUUUUUGUACGGGAGUUUAUAAAGUAUGAAUUUUUCUGUGCACUUUUCAACAACUGCUAGAAAUAAACGAAAAGAGAUGCACCUAGUCCUUUAUCUCUUAGUGUGUGUUGCCAAGGCAACAGCUUCUAUCAACGAUACACAAACCGUUCAAGAAUUUCUAGCAGAGUUUAACCGGCUUGGACAGAUCUUAACAUCUAGAAGUAUGCAGGCCAAUUGGGGAUUUGCUACUAAUAUCACUGUAGAGAAUCAAAGAAUUAUGCUCGAGGAACAGCUAAAGUGGGACAGAUUUCGACAAGAAGCCGCUGAGAGCGCCUUACAGUUCAAUACCUCACUUUUAUCUGAGUCCGAGAUUCGACAGUAUUUCCGAGUCUUAAACCUUGGCCUGGCUGCACAAUACAACGAGACGAAACUAUUACGUCUGAGUAAAGUCAAGAGUGAUAUGGAGUCUCUGUACAGUACUGCAAAAGUGUGUCUUAACACUACUGGCUGUAUACCCCUAGAUCCAGAUGUAACACGCAUGAUGUCAGACUCUCGCGACUAUGACUUGUUACUAUCUAUUUGGAGUCAGUGGAGAGAUGCUAGCGGUAAAAACAUGAAAAGUUUAUAUUCAGAGUAUGUUGACCUAAGCAACGAGGCAUUCAGGCUUAUGGGGUAUAAUGACACUGGGCAUACCUGGCGGAUGUCAUAUGAAAGCCUGACAAUAGAAGAAGACAUCAAUGCGUUAUUUGACCAGCUACGUCCGCUGUAUGAACAGCUCCACGCAUACGCCAGGCGUAAACUUAAAACCAUGUAUGGAGAGGAUAAAUUCCCGACAUCAGGUCACAUUCCAGCGCAUAUUCUUGGAAACAUGUGGGGGCAACAGUGGAGUGGUUUAGUCAAAGAACUGACACCUUUCCCACAGAAAUCUUUGUUUGACGUCACAGAAGAAAUGAUACGUCAGAAUUAUACCGCUUUGAGAAUAUUUGAGACUGCCGACAAUUUUUUUCGAUCUCUUGGACUUUUACCUGCACCUGAAGAAUUUUGGAACAACUCAAUAUUUGAGAGACCAAAAGAUGAUCGAGAGUUUGUGUGUCAUGCUUCAGCCUGGGACUUUUACAAUGGCAAAGAUUUCAGAAUCAAAAUGUGUACUGUGCUCUCUAUGAGAGACUUGGACACUGCACACCAUGAGAUGGGGCACAUUCAGUAUUACCUACAAUACGCUCAUCUACCUCUUACCUUCAGAGAUGGCGCUAAUCCAGGUUUCCACGAGGCUGUGGGGGACACUAUGUCUUUGUCCGUGAACACACCUGAACAUAUGCAUGCUAUCGGACUGUUGGAAACCCUUAGCGGUGACACAGAGUCAGAAGUCAACUUUUUGAUGAGCAUGGCCCUAAAAAAAGUAGCCUUUCUCCCUUUUGGCUACUUAAUUGACCAGUGGCGGUGGAGAGUAUUUAAAGGAGAGAUUACACCAGAGAAAUACAAUGAGGAAUGGUGGAAUAUGGUCUGUCAGUAUCAAGGCAUAUAUCCAGCUGUACAGAGAACAUCUGAAGACUUUGAUCCUGGCGCCAAGUACCAUGUCCCAGCUGAUGUGGAGUACUUGAGAUAUUUUAUUAGCUCCGUUCUUCAGUUUCAAUUCUAUAAAACGCUCUGCGACAUAUCUGGGUAUCAAGGUCCACUUCAUAGAUGUGACAUUUAUAACAGCAAAACAGCUGGCAAGAGAUUUAGUGAAAUGUUAAGUCUAGGGUCAUCAAAACCCUGGACUCAAGCUAUGUUUCUCUUGACUGGUCAAUACAAAAUGGACGCCCAACCCAUGCUGGAGUAUUUCAAACCACUUAUGGCCUUCCUGCAACAAGAAAACGGUCAUGAUAUAGGUUGGCAAAGUCAAUGUCCUACAAUUCAACAACCAGUAUCAGAUUCUACAGGGAAAAAAUAAACAAUGAUGUAUAGAACGUUAUAAAAACAGGUUGAGCUGUA